GGCAGCCGAAAGCGGUAGUGCCGCGGAGCGCCGGGCCGGGCCGGGCCGGGAGAGCUGCGCUUCGCCGCCGGCCGGGGAUGCUGCGGGGCCGCGGGCCGCGCCGGUAGCGCGCUCGGCCAGGGGUGCCAGACAUGCAGGGCAAGGCCAAGCUGCUGCUGGUCCACAACGGCCGCAUGGGCCCAGCGGUGUCAGAUGGAGAGUUAAACACUUCCAGGGCCCAUGGCAGCAACCACAGUGUGAACAGCUUGCCGGGACCUCCAACCACCUGCAGCUCCACACAGGGGUCAGUGGUCAGCUGGGCAGAAUCCUUCGAAACACUGCUGCAGGACCACGUGGCCGUCACCUACUUCACUGAGUUCCUCAAGAAGGAGUUCAGCGCUGAAAAUGUCUACUUCUGGCAGGCAUGCGAGCGCUUCCAGCAGAUCCCAGCCAGCGACACACAGCAGCUGGCCCAGGAGGCACGGCGGAUCUAUGAUGAGUUUCUCUCCAGCCACUCGGUCAGUCCUGUGAAUAUUGACAAGCAGGCCUGGAUUGGGGAGGACAUGCUGGCCACCCCCUCUCCAGACAUGUUUCGCAUCCAGCAGCUCCAGAUCUUUAACCUGAUGAAGUUCGACAGCUACACACGCUUUGUGAAAUCCCCACUCUACCAGGCCUGCCUGAGGGCAGAAAGCCAGGGGCAGCCCCUGCCUGACCUGCGUCCCCACUCCCGCAGCAGCAGCCCUCCACCUGACCUCAGCAAGAAGUCCAAGCUGAAGUUGGGCAAGUCCCUGCCGCUGGGUGUGGAGACAGCAGGCAGUGGUGCCAACCACAGCCCCCGUCGGUCGUUCAGGAAGGGAGAGCGGCGGGAGCCCUCCUGGGCAGAGGGGCGAGAAGGCAGUGGGAGCGCCAUGCUGUGGCGGGAGUCUCAGGGCUCACUCAACUCCUCAGCCAGCCUGGACCUGGGCUUCCUCUCCUCGUCGAGCACAACUGCCAGCCCCUGGGCAGAGGGCCAUCGGAAGAGCCUGGGAGGCAGCGAGGCAGAGCUGCCAGGCAAGCCCAUGAAGUACUGCUGUGUGUACCUGCCCGAUGGCACAGCCUCCCUGGCCUCUGUCCGGCCUGGCCACUCCAUCCGGGACAUGCUGGCAGGCAUCUGCGAGAAGCGUGGCUUCAACAUUCCUGACAUCAAGGUCUUCCUGGUGGGCAAUGAGCAGAAAGCACUGGUACUGGACCAGGAGUGCUCCGUGUUGGCAGACCAGGAGGUAAAGCUGGAGAACAGGAUCAGCUUUGACCUGGAAAUCUCCUCCCUCCAUAAGACCAUCCGCAUCACAGCGAAGUCAACCAAGUGCAUCCGGGAAGCACUGCAGCCUGUGUUGGGGAAGUAUGGCAUGAGCAUGAAGCUGGUGCUACUGCGGCGGCAAGGCGAGAUGGCCACCCUGGACCUGGAGAAGCUGGUCAGCACAGUGGCUGCUCAGAAACUUGUCCUGGAAACGCCAGCAGGCAUGAGAAUGACAGAAAGCUCCGAGGCUGCAGCUGCUCCCUCCCCUCUCCAGAGUGAGGAGGGAAGCCCAACAGAAGCAGAACCUGACACACUGUGGGAGAUGCCCUCCUCCUCUUCCCGGCCCCGGUCUUCAGCUGCCAUGAACCUGAACCGCCGUACAUAUGACCUGGAAGGGCUGGUGGAGCUGCUGAAUCGUGCCCAGAGCUGCCGGGCCAAUGACCAGCGUGGACUGCUCUCCAAGGAGGACCUAGUCCUACCUGACUUCCUCCAGCUCCCUGAGCAGGCUGACAGCACCUGCGAGGGGUCAGAUCAGCCCCAUGCCCCUCACCCAGGCUCUGAGGGAAAUGGCCAUCCUCAGCCCACAGAGCCCACACCAGCUCAGCCUCUGGUCGACCAUGAGCUCCGAUGAGUCCUGCUGCACAUCUGCACCCUGUGCGUGGUACCCCCAGGCCAUGCCAGGGUUCAACACAGGGCCCAGACAGCCCCUGCCCUGCACUGCCGACACCGCCUGGACCGCAGAUUCGUCCACAUCCUGUCCCAAACUGUUGUGUCGUGUCACUGUGAGUGAUUGAGCAGCUGCCAUGCCCCUCGAUGGGCUCACAUCCUGGUGCACAUCAAGGGAAUCCUCUACAUAGUUUGAACUCUCGUUGCAAAGCACUUUGCAGCAUCCCACACAUGCCUGGCACUGUCCUGCCCAGUGCCUCUGCCUGCUCUGCUUGCAGCAGAGCUCUCUGCCCAGCAAAUCAUGCCUGGGCCAGGCUGGCACAGUUCCGCUGACUGCUGAGGUGAGCAAUGCACCCUUUCUGACUGACAGGUGUGCAGGAUAGAGAGGGUGGAUGAGGUGGGAAGGCAGGCUCCAGCCCUGAACCCUGAUGCUGUGGGCAGGCAGGGUCAGGAGAAUGUGUGUUUGGAGCUGAGGGCCAGAUUUAGUCCAUGUUAGUGAUACGUGGUCUACCCUUCCCAGGGAAGGGUGAGCACAGCCCUGCCAGCCUGUGCCCUGAGCAAGUUGUUACCAGCUGCCUUGAGUGAGUGGGGCUGGGCCUGAUCCUGCCACAAUAGCACUGCCACUAUGGAACAGGGCACAUGGGUCCUGCCCCAAGCAGGCAGAGGCAGAGCCAGCAGGUUGUGCCAAAGAAGCCUUCCUUCUCCUGCUUGGGCAGCUUCUGAGGUAACUUCAGGAGCAGAUUCCCCUAGGUUCCCUGCCUCAGCCCAGAUGGGACUGCAGGUGCUCGGUCCUCAAGGUCAGGCCUGGCUGCUUUCAGAGGAAUGCAGCACCUUGGGUGCUGAGCAUCUCAGCUCAGUCUGUGGUUACCAGCAUGUGCAUAGCCUGGCAUCCCUGCUUGCAGCUGUGCCAGUCUGUAACUUUGAGUCCAGCUCUUGCCAGACCUGGGCAUUCCCUGCAGGUAUCCAUCCCCAGCAGCCCAUGCUGCUGGUCCCAGAGCCAGUCUGCAAUGGAGACAGCCCCCUGAUAGCAGCCAGGAGAUCCCUCCAUCAUCUGUGUGUGCUGUGGCCCUUCCUGGCUGUACCCUGGGUCACUGCUGCAUCACCACUGCCCUGGGGUUUGCCCAGGGACAGGGGGCAUGGCCACCCAGCCCCAUGCCGCUGCAGCCAGCUGCAGCCCUACAGCCACAGUCAGAGCUCCCCUGUGUCUCUGUGGUGCUGCAAAGUCCCUUCUGUGGUGUGAAACCGGGGGAAAUAAAGAGCAUUGCCUGGA